AUGGUAAGUACCAAGCGUACUACUAAUGCUAGUGAGGGAAGUCGCCAGCCACCUAAUAGUAACAGCCAAGCUAACCAGACUAAGGAUGAAAUCUUGAGGCAGUUACAAGCUGUAAUGCUUUAUGUCGAUGAGCAGAUAGGCCGUUUCAACACCCCAACUUUUAAGGGCAGUCUGAAUUUUGUAGAAGCAGAGGCUUGGAUAGACCGAUUGGAGACUCUGUUUAGUACUGUGAAUUGUAGUUCCCAGCAGAAGGUGCAUGUUGUGAAGGUUCUAUUAGAAGGAAGAGUAAAGCAAUGGUGGUAUAGUGUGAGAACUAUAGAUAAUAGGAGGAUGGUUUGGAAUGAAUUCAACAAUUUGUUCUUUGAUUACUUCUUUCUAAGGGAGGCAAGACAACAGAAGGAAGUAGAGUUUUAUGCCCCGCAACAGGAAAACAUGCAUGAGGAUCAAUUUAUUGCCCAAUUCAUAGAUCUAUCUAAUUAUAUGGCAUACCUAAACUAUUAUCGAAAUACUUGGUGGAUGGCUAUUCAGUUAAUGGAGAAGGCUAGACUAGAGAUUAAGCAACAAUUGGCCAUGAUAGAGGUCACUACCUUCGAGAAGAUGUGUACUCACAUCCGUCAAGUUGCAUAUAGGAUGAGAGAAGCUUAUGAGUAUCGUAGAAGAGACAACCUUGGGGGCUUUAGUCACCAGACAGGUGCCACAGGAUCUAGAGGGCAAUUUAGUAGCUAUAUAGGACCUAUUAAUAGAGUGGGGAAGAAAAAUAGCUAA